AGGUUAGGAAUUUGUGUACGGAAAGAAAAACCUAAUGUUUAGCAGACAAAGCCUUGGUAAGCCUAACAUCUUGGAAUAUCCAGGCAAGUCGGUGACUUCAUUCUUGAUGUGGGGACUGGUCCUGUACAUGUUCAGUGGUGUGUGACAGUUUCGAAACUUGACGGGAAAGGAAGAAAUGAAUAAACAUAGUCGCACGUGUGGCCACCGCUGCCUGGGCCCCAUGAAAUUUCUUUCCAAAGUGGAAGGGAACGCAGGGUUGAUCGCCUCGAGGGACAUCUCAUCCCGCGCAGACCGACUUGCUUUCCUGUGCCGUCCAGUUAAAGUGAACGAGAAGGUCAGAAUACGAAUCGAAAACAGGUCCUCGUCAAAUGAUGGUCACAGAGCUAUCGGGAUCGGGUUUACAAAUGACUCGCCGCUAAACGGUACACAAGGCCCGAGGAACAGCCGCCAAUCCUGCCUGGUACCUCUUCCUGAGAACUUGUGCCUGCCAGGAGCAGAAAUCGAGUUCUGGAUCAACUAUGCGUUAUUUGUGAUUAUCCGGGCAAGCGAUAAGACAAAAUACUACAUGAAAGCAGAAGGACUAGAUAUCAAGGAGCAGCUAUUCGUUUUCUUGGAUUUUUGCGGAAGCCUAAGCACAGUUCGUCUUUUGGGUUCAAGAAAAAAGAGUCGCACAUCUUGCUCUGAUCUUUCAUCAUGCAUGUCUAAAGAAACAAAAGAGCAAGCACUUGAAGAGAACUUUCUUAACCUCAGUCUCAUCUGUGAUGAUUAUGCAAACUCAGACGAAACAGAUGUUUUCACAGAAGCGCCACCAUGGCAAGCAAGUUACUCACCAUUACACACUCAUCCAGCAGUAUCUUCUCAAAGAUCAGGUCCAGCCACACACAGACAGACUGCAGUCGACAGUCUUUUAAAGAGCAGGCGUCAGUCUUCAACGGAGGAGAUGGAUGUGACGUAUUUGCUGAGAGCGUUUAGGCAGCAAUACCUCAGCUCAAAUGAGGUGCAUGUGACCGUCUGGAGGAACAAGCUUCUAAAGAGUGCGGUUGAUGCUCUAUCCAACAGGAACUUCUGCUGGACUAAAACACCUUUGAUUAAGUUUGCUGGCGAGGAGGCUUUUGAUAACGGAGGCCCGAGAAGGGAGUUUUUUAGACUCCUGAUGAUCGAGGUGCAAAGAAAUCUGGGUAUUUUUGAGGGAAACCCAAAACACUUGCUCUUCACUUAUGACCAGAUUGCUUUACAGCAGCAUAAAUACAAGCAAGCUGGGAAGCUUGUAGCUUGGUCUAUAAUUCAUGGUGGACCAGGACUCAAAUGUCUAGACGCUCGUCUUUACCAGCUCAUGUGUGGUGUAGAAAUGGAUCUGGCUGAUUUUGACUGGCGCCUCAUACCAGAUGCCGACGUCCAAAGCAAAGCACAGAAAAUCUUAUCUUGCACAACAUUUGAACACCUCCGUGCUCUGCAAAGAGAGUUAGGAGACUGGAUCUGUGACUGUGGAUUUCCGGGGAUUUAUGGACCAAACAUUUGCGUCCAAGACGUUCCUAAGAUUUACUCCUACAUCGUGAAGCACUACAUUUAUCUCAGGGUGUCGAAUAUGAUCAGCCAGUUCACCGAAGGCCUGAACUCUUGUGGAAAUCUGUGGGAUCUAAUAAAGACCAACUGGAUCGAUUUCCUUCCUUUUUUUAAUAAAACGAGCGAACGGAUUUCACGUUCGUCUUUCAGAGCCCUGUUUAAAAUCAGCUGGAGUCCAGAAGGCACCAAAAGGAGAGAAGAGGAAGAGGAAACCAUCUACUCCUGGGAGCUGGUGUUAAAGAUGAUCGAGGACAAAGAAUCAGAGCUACGUUUCAAAGACCUGCUUGUUUAUAUCACGGGGGCAGAUGAGGUUCCGGUGUUGGGAUUCCCUGAAAAACUCAGCAUCCACUUUUACCAACCUGAAAGGAAAGGCUUUCGUCUACCAUACACAUCAACUUGCAUGAUGGGACUUUUUCUUCAACGAGGUGUCAGGAGUCAUGUAGAGCUCAACAAAAUGCUGCUGAGAGCAGUCAGAGACUCGACAGGAUUUGGACAAUCAUAAGACUGUACAAGAUUUACACUUGUAAAUAAAAAAAUUAAAAAUGUUUUGUGGAGCAGUUGGAGUGACCUCGGAAAACUUCCCUUUUUGAGAGAGGAACUUGAUGCUGCUGAGAGCAGCAAAGGGUUUGCAAAGAUUUGGUAAAAUCAUAAGACUGUAUUACAAGGGAAAACACCAUUAUUUUAGUGAAACAGAAAGUAAAAAUGGCUCAGGUUUGUUUUUGUUACAUAAAGCAUAAACAGAUUGAUAUGAUUUGAACUGAAGUGUCAAUGUAAAAAUGUAAUAUAAUGUACAUGUAUAAAUAUGUUUCCACAGUAUUUAUGACUAACUUGUCUAAACAAUCAAUAUUUUCUGAAAUUACACAUUUUGCAUAAAAGUUAU